AUGAGCCGCCCACGGAGCUUCGCCCCCGGCAGCCCCCUGCUGCUGCUGCUGGCCUGCGCCGCGCUGUGCCAGGAUGCCCCCAUGACUGGCGAGCUGCAGUGCCAGUGCCUCCAGACCCAUGCCGCGUUGAUCCACCCCAAGCGCAUCGCCAACGUGGAGCUGUUCCCCGAGGGGCCCCACUGCGGGGUGCAAGAAGUCAUAGCCACCUUGAGGGACGGCAGGGAAGUCUGUCUGGAUCCCACCGCGCCCUGGGUCAAGAUGAUCACCACCAAGAUCCUGAACAGUAAGAUACCUGUGGACCAACCUGCCUUGGCAGACACCGUCAUUCCGAUGGACCGAAAAUAA